AUGGACCAUAUCAUGCCUAUUGACACAACCAACUCCCAUGAUCCUUUAAAUCAGGUUUCAGAUUGUGCAACAGGUGCAUACAGCCUGAAAUGGCUAGGCUCCACUCAGGGAGAACAGCACACAAAGGUUACAGAUGUCAAGAUCCUUUUUGCUUCUGAAUUCAUCAGCUCUGUCCAGUAUGAUCCCCCACUACAUGAUGAAUGUAGAUUUAGACACAAUGCCUUUGUGUAUGGCUGCACCAGUCAUUAUUAUGGUGGUGACCCUGUCUUGUAUGUUGACCUUGAACAAGAUGUGGUUGCACUCUUGAAAGAUGAGAUAGAGAUCUCAGUGGACAUAGGACUACAAAGAUGUUCUGAUGCAGGGGGUCUGUAG